GGGGCGCGCUUUAAAUCCUGCACAGGCGCACUAGGCCCCGUCGUCAUGCGGGUGCUAGUGGGUGGAGGGACGGGCUUCGUAGGGACAGCCCUCACCCAGCUGCUGAGAGCCCGGGGCCACGAAGUGACCUUGGUGUCCCGACAGCCAGGUCCCAGCCGCAUCACGUGGGAUGCGCUGGCCAAGUCAGGGCUGCCCAGCUGCGACGCCGUGGUCAAUUUGGCCGGGGAGAACAUCCUCAACCCGCUGCGCAGGUGGAAUGAAACCUUCCAAAAAGAGGUGGUCCAGAGCCGCCUGGAAAGCACACAGAUGCUGGCGAAGGCCAUCACCGAAGCCCCACAACCACCCCAGGCCUGGGUCUUAGUCACCGGUGUAGCCUACUACCGGCCCAGCCUGACCGCAGAGUAUGACGAGGACAGCCCAGGAGGGGACUUUGACUUCUUCUCCAAUCUUGUCACCAGAUGGGAGGCUGCAGCACGGCUCCCUGGGCACUCCACACGCCAGGUGGUGGUACGCUCUGGCGUUGUGCUGGGCCGUGGAGGUGGUGCCAUAGGCCACAUGCUGCUGCCCUUCCGCCUGGGCCUGGGGGGCCCCAUCGGCUCAGGCCAGCAGUUCUUCCCCUGGAUUCACAUUGUGGACCUGGCAGGGAUCGUGGCCCAUGCCCUUGAAGCAAACCACGUGCAGGGAAUUCUGAACGGAGUAGCCCCAGCCCCGACUACCACCAACGCGGACUUCGCCCGGGCCUUGGCCAGUGCCCUGGGGCGCCCAGCCUUCAUCCCUCUCCCCAGCAUCGUGGUGCAGGCUGUCUUUGGGCGAGAGCGUGCCAUCAUGCUGCUAGAGGGCCAGAAAGUGGUCCCACGGCGGACACUGGCUACUGGCUACCAAUAUUCCUUCCCAGAGCUCGGGGCCGCCUUGAAGGAAGUCGUAGCCUAGGCAGGAAGCUCCUAGCAGGGCCUGAGGCCUGUCUCUGAAAGAAGCCUUCCAAGAUACAUAAUACACACAGGCUGAGUAUACAGAGGCUAGUAGUCCUCCUCUACCUGAGACAUGAAACCACCUGGAUCUUAGGGGAGCCCCCUCCCCUUCCUUUGCUACUGUAGCUAUGAGACUAGCUGUGAACCUCUCCAGCUCCUGGUAAAACCCUAUGCAUGGGUUACCCCAUGUCCCAGGGGUGCCCCAGUUCUCCUGUAUGCUAGAGAGAACACACUCGGGUUUGGCUAAUAAAGAUAAAUUAC